UCUAAAUAAUUUUAUUAAGUAUUUAAACAAAAUUUUUACAAUUACUGAAUAAAUGGUUUAACGUGUGGCUUUGAAAAAUGUCAAAACUUCAGCAAUCUGUGAAUAGAGCAGGGAACCAGCUGUCAUUCUGUGGAGAAUAGAUACACAGCAAGUAAGACUGCACUGGGAAAGGGAUCUGAAGCAAAAAGGGAUGAUGAAAUGCUAUUCUGGGGGAUUUUUAAAGCCAGCAAAAGCGCUUUGCUGGUGCAAGGAAGCUGGCAGCUUGUGAGUGGACUGCUGAGCUAUAAUGGCUGGAGCUGACAUUGCCCACAGUGGACUAGGCUACCAGACCAUAGGACCACCAGGUACAACGCUGCACAGAGCAGUUUCAGUUUGAAGAAAAUUUUCUUUGAUUAUACUGAAGUUAUGUCCAUAACUCCCCCCAUCCCCAUGCUGGGGGCUACUGCCAGCCUAGUUCCAUAUGGGCUGUGACCUCACAGAGUUAUCCCCACCCACCGGACUAUGAUCUCACGGCUCUGCCCAUGUGAGCCAGUGGCCAGCACUUUGUCUCUCCCAGUGCGGUCGUGACCAGCUUUGAGCGAUGGUUGUCGACAGCUUUCUCCUUAUCCCCAGCCUCCUGCUCCUGGUGGCUGGGCUGUCUCUGCUCACCCCUCUCUGGCGUCGACAGGGUUCUGACCGGCGCCGGCAAUGGUGGACAUGGUGGCUGCAAGUGCUGGCAUCGAAGUCAGGUGCUGAGAAGCAGGCAGGCAGGCACCGGAGCCCCCUGUGCAGACCACGUUGCUCCCAGCAGCAAGCGUCACGAAGGCAGGGCAGUCCCAUCCUGCCCCAUUCCAUCCAGCCAGGAAAGACCCGGCCUUUGUUGCUGCACAAUCUGUGCCGCUCUCUUCACAUGAAGAGUGACUCUGCCACUGGUACCACGAGCUCUGUGGGGAAACCUGUCAUGCUCCCCAGACAGGACCAGCGCCCGCAGGUUCUGGUGGCACGCGGGACCCCCAGGAUGCUCAGUCAGCGUCCUAGGCUAGGUGGUGGAGUUAAAGACCUGCCACCUGAGAUCUCCAACUUCACAAAGCCACCAGUGAAAGGGAUGGUCUUCCAGGAGGGCCUCGUUCAAACAGAGGAGAGAAAACGCUGGUGGGACUACAAGACCAAGAGGCUCUUUUGGCAUAUGCUCUCCUCAGCACUUCCCAAAGGGCACAAGAAGCCAGGAGCAGCAGCAAGACCAUCCCGAGGACCAGCUUUGAGCCUGGAGAGAAAAGCAGAUGGCAAAACUGAAGCCCUCCUGCCCUUCAACUCUGGCUUCAGUGACAAGAGGAGCACAGAGAAAUCGGACAUGCUUGCUGUGGAAAGGCUGUACCGGCAGCUCCUGGUUUCCCUAAAACAGCCCAAGACUAAGAAUGAUUGCUACAAGCCAGGUGGCGGAACUGAUGAGCAACCGCUGGUAACCUCUUUCUGCACGCUGCCACCAGUGAAAGGGACUGGUGGAAGAGCAAGGCCAAGAGGCCUUCUGAGUAUUGUAUAGCCUCCCCAGCACUUCCCAGAGUCUAGAUGUAAGCUGGAACAGCUGCAGGACCAACACCAGGGCCAGCUUCAAGCCUGCAACAAAGGAGGCAGCAGAACUGAAACCUGCCAGCACCUAAACACUGCUGUCAUUGUUAUGGUUUCAUUGUUGACAUAUCAAGUGAGAACUGAAUCUCAGACCUAAGAUCAUCAUUUGCAUCAUACCAUUUCAGUCUGAGGUCGUUCAGAUUUUUAAAAAGAUAAUUUAAUAAAAGUCAUGCUAG